CAGCUAUAUAACUUUGUAAGUAUUUUUAGUCGUACCAGGUUUAUAUAUUUUUCUAUCCUUUUACCUAUGGCAGGUGAAUUUCGUUGUAAGAAAAGUUUUUUGCAAGAGAAUUUUAAAACUUGCUCAAAAACUAAUACGCGCAAAAUACGUUGUCAUUUAUUAUUGUUAUUGCCAGUAUUGCGUUAAAAUUAAUGAGAGCAAAAUAGAUAAUGCGGGGAAGGCAUUUACACUGUUCGGUUAAGUAUCCAUAUCGAUUUUUAUAUUUGACGUCAGUUAAGAAUAAACCAAUCAACAAUGAAACUCAAGAUUGAUAAUAUGACGUCAAAUUAUUUUAAGCAUCAGAUAUUGUUUUACAAUAAUUAGAUGUCGAUAUAGAUAUCAAGAGAAGUUGUUAUUUUACAGAAGUUUAUAUACAAAUAAAUACAUACAAUGUAUUCCAAGUACAAGGAUGUAUCAGCUUACGUGAAGGACUUGUGCACUUGCGUCAUUUGUCACCAAAGACCAAUAUUCUUCAACGACGAGGAACUUCAUAAGCACAUCGAGAACGUUCAUCGCCAAAGUUGUAAUUUUACAACUAAGCAUGAAAACGAGUUUAAAGAUAUAAAAUCUCAACUGGCUUACAUCAACACUCUUAUCCUAAAGAAGAAUAAAGAUGGUAGCCCAAGUUGUUACGUUGAACACGAUCAGCAACGAGAGAAAUCAGGAAAGAAGGGAGGAAAUAAUGUAGUCGAUGAAAAAGCCAAUCAAAUAAACAUAUACAAGGCUUUAUUGGAGAAGAAAACAGAAAUAUUUCGCAGUUAUAAGAUCAACGCGUCUCUGUUAGAUGAAAGACAAAAGGAGUUGGAUAUUCUAAACGAAGGACUGUUAAAGUUAAAAGAGGAGAAGCAAACGUUCAUAACUGAAGUGCUACUCACACUGGAAGACAAUCCAAGUUUCCGAAAUGGAGAAAUCAACAGAAACACAGUAAUGUCGAGAUUGAAUGAAUACAUAUUAGACAUCAACGAAGGAGAAUUGGCUAGAAAGGCAAAAGAACUUGUAAAGGAGAACCUUCAUAACACAGUUAACCAACUACAAAGCGAAUAUGAAGCAAAGCGGAAAGAAAUUGAGAGCUUUAAAAAUCUGGUAUUUAAACAGAUAAACGAUGGUGAGGACAAGGGAAUGGAAGAACUUGAAGUUGCUUCUAAAGAAAUUGUCUCCGAAUCUGAACUGGGCAAGUGUAGGAAAGAAAUAAAGGAUUUAGAAGACAAGUUACUUCUUGGUGAUGUCUCUGACCUUGAGGAAAAGUUUUGUAAAAUUCUUAAAGAAAAAGAGUUAACAGAUCGUCGAAAUGAAUACUUGGAGGCGAAGUAUAAGAAUAUGAAAGGAAAAUUAAAAGCUCAGCAUUUGGAAACAGAGAAACUUAAAAACAUAGCUCAAUGGUGUGACGAGUUAACUGAAAAUUUAAAACGAGCAAAGGAAAGCGAAGAGGAAAGAGAAAAAGAGAUAAAAAGAUUACGAAGCUUGCUGAAAGACAGAGACCGUUCUAUAAAAAAACUUCGUUGCACUUUGGAAGAACAAACAGACGUAGUGAAAGAACAUAAGAAGUUAUCUGAAAGCGCCAGAACGAUAGAGAAGAAUAUAAAAGCGUUGGAAAUGGAGGGAGAAAAUCAACGAAGCAUCAAUAUGGAAUUGAAUAAACAAAUAAGAGAGCUAGAAAAUCGAGAAAAAGAAUUGGCAACAAAACUUGCAGCUAAUCUGACCACGCUGAAGGACACAAAAAUGGAGUUAGAGAAGUACAAGCAGAGAGAUACAGGCUUUAAGGAACCUAUUGAAGAUAGAUCUGGGGUCAUACAAUCGCAAGUUAAUUUACUUUCUAAGGAAAAUGAGGAACUCCGGAAAGAGAAAAGUAUAAAUCAAGAACAGUGUGAUCAGUGUAACAAAGAGCUACAAGAAGUUUUAGUGAGAUCUAAUCACAGAGAAAUGUCUUUUCAAAAGGAGCAUGCAAGGUUAGAAGAAGAAAACAACCAACUGGACGCGAUGAAUUCUGAUUUAAAAAUAGAAGUUGCGAGUAUAAAAUCUGCAUUAUUGGCGUUAAGAGAUGCUCAAGUUCCAUGCAUUACCGAUGAAGAGAGACAAUCAGGCUUAAAAAAUGAGGAGUUGAAGAAAACAUUGAGCGCUUCCAGUGAAGAAAAUGGACGACUCACGAAAGAUCUGAACAGGUUAAAGGAAAUAAUUGAAAUACAAAAAUUAACGAUCAAGGAAAACAACGAGAAAAUUUAUCAGCUAGAAGAAUGUGUGGAAGAUUUAAAAACAGGACAGGAAAUCUUAUCAAAUAACGGUGAUAUUUUGCAGAAUAAGUUUGACGAGCAAGAAAAAGAGAUUGCAGAAAAGGAACGAGUCAUUGCAACUUUAAAAGAAAAGUUGAGCAAUGAACGCCUAGAAAAACAAGAGAUUGAGAGAAAAUUUGAAGACCUUGUGAAAAAUUCAAAUGAAUGGAAGAAGAAGAACGAAAAGCUGUCUGAAGAACUGAACAUUGCUUACGAAAAAAGUAGUAAAGGUUUUGAGGGGGAUAAAGGAAACGUAGGUAAUCUUAAAAAGGAGUUAUCAAUGAAGGUUAAACUUCUGCAGAAAGCAAACGAAGAAAUCGCACAGUUAAAAGAAGAACAUGAACAAAAGAAAAAUAAUUUAAUAAAAGAAAGAGACCUUAACAAGAAAACAAUGGAGGAACUGUGCAAAGAAAAGAAUGCCUUGUUAGAAAAGGUUGAUGGCGAGUCCAAAAGAUUAGAGCUAAAUGAGUCUGAAUUAAAAGCUGCGAGAAAGGAGGUCGAUUCUUUAACUCAACAAGUAAAAGAUAUCACCAAAGAAAUUGAGAAUGUUCAGAAAGGACUUGACAUGUCACAGAAAGAGAAAAAAAAUAUACAAGUAAAUUAUGCUGAAAGCCAACAAAGUAAUCAUGAGUUGAUUUACAAGAUUGCAGAUAUGAAAGACGAAAUCAACAAUGCUCAGCGAGAAUUGGAGUUGUCGCUAAGAGAAAGGGAAAGUUUAAAAACAAAAUAUGAUAAUUAUCAAAGAGACAACAAUGAAGUUAAUGAACAGAUUCGUAAGAUGGGAAAAGAAAUCGAUGAUGUAAGAAAGGAAUUGAACUUAUCGCUGAAAGAAAGAGAAGAUUUACAGACAAAGAACGACAAAUAUGAACGAUAUAAUCAGAAACUGAAUGAAAAGAUUCAUGAGAUGGAAGAAGAAAUUAACAAUGGUAAGCAACACCUAGACGAUUUGCGAAGAGAAAAAGAAGAAUUACAAGAAGAGUACGAUAAACAUAAACAAAAUAGUGAAGAUUUAAAUAACCAGAUUCAUGACAUAAGAAAUGUCCAAGAAGAACUGGACAUGUUACAAAAGGAAAAGAAAGAUGUACAAAUGCAGUUAAAGAAAUGCCAACAAAGCAACAACGAACUCAAGGAAAAAAUGGAAGAAAUGGAAGAAGAGAUAAGUGAUGUUAACGAAAAUAUGAGAUUAAGAGAAGAAAGAUACAAAAAGAAAAUUAAAGAUCUCUUGAAUGAAGUUGAAAAAUAUAAACAAGCCGUUCAUGAAUGGGAAUCGAAGUGUGACGAAGAGAAACAACUUCCGAUUUACAGUGAGGAGAAUUUAGAGAAGAAGAAAGUUCCAAUAUAUACUGAGAAGAUUCAAGAAAAUCAAAGUCAGCAAAUACAGAUAAAAGCAGAUUCAGAGAAGACUCCACUGAAUGUUGAUGACUUUGAUGACAGUGAAGAUGAAGAGGACGUGACGCAGGAAAAUGAUGAUAGUGAAGAGAAUGAUGAAAGGUAAUAUUGAUUCUAAUUUUAACAUUUACACGUUUUGCAUAAGAGGAUCCCAUAGUAUUUAUUUCUGAUUAGACGCAACAAUUCAUUUUGAAGCCUAAAAUUGUUCUCCAGAUAUUCUUGGA